AUGUUGUCACCACAAACUCUGUUUGGAGUGUUGGUGCUUCUCUCGGCUCCUUCGGUGGUAGCCGAUACCUGUCAGGCACCAAUUAACCACCCAGGGGAGCCUUUCAGUUAUGUUCAGCCCCUUAACACCACUAUCCUGAGUCCUUAUGGUCACUAUCCACCUGUGUAUCCUUCACCAAACACUACCGGCAAUGGUGGCUGGGAAACAGCUUUGGUGAAGGCCAAAAACUGGGUAAACAAGCUCACGCUGGAAGAGAAAGCCUGGAUGGCAACAGGCCAGCCCGGUCCCUGCGUUGGCAACGUUCUCCCUAUUCCACGUCUCAAUUUCAGCGGCAUCUGCCUCCAGAAUGGCCCUCAAUGCGUGCAGCAGGGAGAUUACUCCAGUGUCUUCGUCAGCAGCGUUUCAGCCGCCGCAAGCUGGGACCGCAAGUUGCUGUAUGACAGAGCGUAUGCAUUGGCGGAGGAGCACAAAGCAAAAGGUUCCCAUGUCAUCUUGGGCCCCAUCGGAGGACCUCUGGGCCGCAGUCCCUAUGAUGGUCGUACCUGGGAGGGCUUCGCUGCUGACCCUUACCUCACCGGAGUCUGCAUGGAGGAGACGAUCAACGGUAUGCAAGAUGCGGGUGUGCAAGCAAAUGCAAAGCAUUUCAUUGCCAACGAGCAAGAGACGCAGCGCAACCCCACAUAUGCUCCGGAUGCCAACGAGACCACCUAUAUUCAGGACUCCGUCUCUGCCAACAUCGAUGACCGUACUCUGCACGAGAUCUAUAUGUGGCCGUUCGCAAACGCCGUUCGUGCCCGGGUGGCUAGUGCCAUGUGCUCGUACAACCGGCUGAAUGGCUCUCACUCGUGUCAGAACUCCUAUCUUCUCAACCACCUUCUUAAGGGCGAGCUUGGCUUCCAGGGAUAUGUCAUGUCUGACUGGGGCGCGACCCACAGUGGGGUAGCAUCUAUUGAAAGUGGAAUGGACAUGACCAUGCCCGGCGGAUUCACCCUCUAUGGUGAGCUUUGGACCGAGGGAUCCUUUUUCGGCAAGAACCUCACUCAAGCUGUGCAAAAUGGCACUGUUCCAAUGUCCCGUCUGGACGACAUGAUCGUGCGCAUCAUGACUCCUUAUUUCUGGCUUGGCCAAGAGAAGGAUUACCCAAGCGUGGACGCUUCCGUCGGCCCUCUCAAUGUCGACUCAGCCCCCGACACCUGGCUGUAUGACUGGAAGUUCACCGGUGCCACCAACCGUGACGUUCGGGCAAACCACAGCGCCAUGAUUCGCGAGCAUGGAGCCCAGUCGACGGUUCUGCUCAAGAAUGAACGCAACGCGUUGCCCCUCCGCAAGCCCCGUAACAUUGUGGUCGCCGGAAACGACGCCGGCCCUCUCACGCAAGGUCCCAACCUUUCGGGCGACUUCGAGUAUGGUGUCCUCGCAGGCUCCUCAGGCUCUGGUUCCUGCAGGUUUUCAUACCUGUCAACUCCUCUUGACGCUAUCAAUGCUCGGGCCCGCAAGGAUGGCUCCCUGGUCCAGUCCUAUCUGAACAACACCCUGCUCGCCACGACAGCACUGACCUCCCCUCUAUGGAUCCCCCAGCAGCCCGACGUCUGCCUUGUCUUCCUCAAGUCCUUCUCCGCGGAAGGCGAAGAUCGGACCUCGUUGGAGCUCGACUGGAACGGAAACGCCGUCGUGGAGGCCGUUGCCACCCACUGCAACAACACCAUUGUGAUCACCAACUCCGGCGGCGCCAACGUCAUGCCCUUCGCCGACCAUCCCAAUGUCACCGCCAUCCUGGCCCAGCACUACGCCGGCGAGGAGACCGGAAACGCCAUUGCGGACGUCCUCUACGGCGACGUGAACCCCUCAGCCAAACUGCCCUACGUGAUCGCCUACAACGAGUCGGACUACAACGCGCCCUUGACCACAGCCGUGCAGACCAACGGGACCUACGACUGGCAGAGCUGGUUCGACGAAGAGCUCGAGGUCGGGUACCGGUAUUUUGACGCGCACAACAUCUCCGUGCGUUACGAGUUCGGCUUCGGCCUGAGCUACACUACCUUCGACCUGAAAGACCUCAAACCUAAGGGCUCUGUCGCUGCUGCCAAUCUGACCGCUCUCCCGGCUAAGCGGCCCACCGAGCCAGGCGGUAACCCCGCGCUCUGGGAAACGGUCUACACCCUGGAAGCCGAAGUGUCCAAUACCGGAAAUAUUGAUGGUUUCGCCGUCCCCCAGCUGUACGUUCAAUUCCCUCCUUCCACGCCGGCUGGGACCCCGCCAAGCCAGCUGCGUGGAUUCGACAAGAUCUGGCUCGAGGCUGGUGAGACCAAGACCGUCUCGUUUGACUUGAUGCGUCGGGAUGUCAGUUACUGGGAUGUCGUUGCCCAGGACUGGCGUGUUCCGGCUGGGGCUUUCACCUUCAAGGCUGGGUUUAGCAGCCGGGAUUUCCGCGCGAGCAGUGUUGCGACGCUGGUCAAGGCAUGA